CUCCUGACUGAAGAGAGCUGCGGUAUGGCGAGGAACAUUACAUCGGAUCCACAGUUACUUUCAUACAUGCAGUGAUGUAGAUCUACACGCAAACAACGCUCCCCCGCAUCCACAAUAGUCCUUUUGCGCAUUACGUCAUUGGGCACGCGUAACGGAAAAAUUUGAACCUAAUGGGUGUCGAGGAAUCUUGGCCAUUAGGCGAUUGUAUUACUUUAGAUGGUUUUGCAGAAUAUUUUAUGGCUAUUUGGUUCUUUGGCUCUUGGCGAAGCCUUGUUUUGUAGAUUUCGACACCUCUGUUGUCCUUUAUUAGUGGCGAAGCUGUGUAGGCUAUGAGCUGGAGCCGUGGAAGUCGCGAUUUUUGACUGAUUUGGAGCACCGAUGGCUGUCCAAAGACACAAUUGUACUUCUUGAACCAGUCGAGUGUCGUCGGUGGAAGAAUGGAGGACCUGUACUCUUUAGUCGAAGCAGACGUUCCCGGUGCUUCUCUGAGUGGUCGUAAGCCAAGGGAUCUGCACGUACCAGAGUUGAAAAGGUGGCUGGCGUGCCGUGGUGCGUCUCGUCGUGGAAAGCAUGCGGAGCUUGUGAAAAGGGUUGAAGACUAUGUCAAGGAAGGAUUGGACAAGAAAAUUAUCGAUCCAGACAAUGGUUCCAAUAUGGAGCGCAAGCGGCGCCGACUUGAGCAGGAUGGAGACUCAGGCAAGAUACCAGCCGUAAAUCUUGAUAGUUCUGUUACCUUUCCAGAGUCGGGUUGGCAGUGCAGCUUGAAACAGCUCCCAACAGUCAGCUUUGCCUCGUUGUACAACCACUUUAUCGAGAAGUCUGUACUGGUAGCAGCCAGGCAGUCCAUGGACGUUGCUGUAUCAACGUCUCCAGUUGAUGCCGAGUCAUCGUCUCGCGGAAGCGGCAGUCACAGUGACGUGUUCUCAUCGUUCAAAGGUGUAGAUAAGGGCUACAAGUUCUUCAAGGAUGGCCAUGUUCAGAAGAUUGAACUUGUGACUCAAGAGAAUUUUUCAUUUGUUCGAUGUAACGUGCUGCCAUCUAUGAGAAAAGAUGCGAUUUACAAGUGUAAGCUGUGCCUGCGUCCAGAUGGCAUGGUGAACCUUGCACUAUGCACAUGUACUGCUGGCUUGGGUGGUGUGUGCAACCAUAACUUAUUGCAGCCUUGCUCUAUGCACUUGAGGAGUAUGUGCGCAUUGGGCUACGUGAGGAAGUUGACGAUUCCCCAACGUCCCGGCUUUGCUGGUGGAACUGACCCAGGCCUAGGAACGUUGUUGCUCAGCCAAUUGUCAACGUCAGGCUGACAAAGGCUGCAUUUGGCUCCCAGCGUCAGUCUGAAAAGCGUUAACCCGUGUAUAACCCCAUCUCACCGAACAAGCGUCUCGUCAAGCCUUCAGAGUUGACAAAGUUUCGUGAUGACCUGGUUGCAGCCCACGAUGAUGCCAUAUAUCCGCACUAACACACCACCACAAAAUGCAUCCGCACACAUAUAUCCGGACAAACAAUGGCCAUGCUGCUGUGUCUGCGCUGUUCAUAUACUGUAUAUCAUAAUAAUACAUCACUCCGUAUCUGUCUUUUCAUGAAAUGUUAUCACGAUAGUGUGACUCCACCGAAUUAUCUGCAUGUAUUUUUUUAGUACUAGUAAAUGCUUGGCUAAAAUUCCCAAGCUCAGCUGCAGCUGUGUAUAGUAAUACAACUGUCUGAUGAGUGUUAUUUUCAAUCACGAAGUUCUGAGUAUCGAAAAAGAAAGACUUGCUUGUGU